AUGAUGCGACUAUGGGUAAUUAUUUGCUUCCUACCCGAAGUUGUUAUGACCUCUGUGUCCACAGAUUUAACAAUUGUGUGUGAGAGUCCCCAGGAUGUACACCCAGUCCAAGCAAUACAAGGAGAAGCAUGGCGUCUGCCCUGUCCAAACCUCCAGUGCAGCAAAGUGACCAACCAUUCAGUGAUAUCAUGGUUUAAAAAUCAGAGCGACGGUCUAUGGCCAAUUACAACAGAGGAGAGUUCCCGGAUCCAUUACCAUGGCGCUGUCUUGUACUUCCUGCCGCUGACUUUAAACGACACAGGCCGCUACAUCACACGCUGGUUUGAUGAUGAUGAGUGUGAUGACUAUGAAACCGACAUUGUGGUUUAUGAGGAAUUCCACCCAGAUCAACUGUACGGAAAUUUCAAAGAGCGAACGGGCUUUGUGCCACUGGACUGUACCAUGUGUAACAACCAAAAGAAAAGGGUCACCUGGUACAAGGAUUUCCUCCCGAUUUCUAAAGAGUCUGAGAAAAUUCAAGUUUUUCUCAACUCAAAGAAAGAUGAAGGCAUCUACACCUGUUUAUGUGAGUGGGAACACAACAACCAAUCGUACAACUCCAGUAUGUCCUUCAAACUUCAAAUAAAAGAGUCUACAGUGCGCUUUCUUCCGACCAUCCAAUAUCCCAUCAAUAACUCUGUAAAGCUCACAGAUCUGGGUUCUCAAGUAAAGCUGAACUGCUUGGUGUUUUUUGGCUUAAAUGUGCAGGAUUAUUGUUAUGUUUACUGGGUGAGAAACAACACCAAGUUGGACAGUGAGCAUGGAUACUCAUCACACACUAGCAAGGAAAAUGAUGAAUUUAGGUCAACUCUUACUAUUAAUAAGGUUUCAGAUGUUGACCUCCAAUCUGAGUUUUGCUGCAGAGCUGAAGACCUAAGUAAAAGGUUGUUUGUAUGCAUUACUCUUCAAACCAGGGAAUCAUCAACACCAGUGCUUGUGAUGGUAUUGUGCCCACUUCUGCUCCUUCUUCUUGCUGUUGGUACUGCAAAGUGGUUGGCAGUGGAUCUUGUAUUGUUUUUUAGAAGCUUGCCGAUUAUGCAGAACAAAAGAGAUGAUGACAAACUUUAUGAUGCAUAUGUGAUCUACCAGAGAGACACUUUGGAUGAGGAAACAGCAAGUAGAUUAGCUCAUUUUGUUAACUGUGUUCUGCCAGCUGUACUGGAGAAUGACUGUGGCUAUACACUGUACAUUCAUGGCAGAGACGAGCUUCCUGGAGAAGACUGCUCUGAGGUUAUUGGGACAAGAAUGCAGCAGAGCCGCCAGCUUAUAGUCGUUCUGGCAUCUGGGACCAGUCAACAUCCACAGGUUGUGUCUCCACAAGGUUAUGAAUGGCAGCUAGGCCUCCACCAGCUGCUGGUGGAACAAGAACUGACUGCCAUUGUAAUCCAGCUGGGGGAGAUAAAGGACUUUUCCCAUUUGCCUCUGGGACUGCAAAAUCUCCUCUACAAGACCAAGUGCUUAAAGUGGGAAGAAGGUAGUAAUAAAGCUACCUGUUCUACCUCCCGUUUCUGGAAGCAGCUGCGCUACAUGAUGCCCGUUCCUUCAAAGUCCAGUUCAUCCAAGCUUAACUUCCAACAAACAGUUAGACUCCCUUUGGUACAAACUUCUCUUAACUGUCAAACUAACAAAUGUAAUUGCUAA